CGCCGACUUCGAAACACACGACAAUCGCGAUGGCCCCUACCGACAACAACCAGAAAGGCCACCGCCUUUAUGUGAAGGGCAAGCACAUCUCAUACAAGCGUGGCAAGCGCAACACCGACCCAAACACCUCUCUCAUCCUGAUUGAGGGCGUCGACGACUCCAAGGCCGCUUCUUUCUACCUCGGAAAGCGUGUCGCAUAUGUCUACCGCGCAAAGAAGGAGGUCCGCGGCACCAAGAUUCGCGUCAUCUGGGGCAAGGUUACUCGAACACACGGCAACUCUGGCGUUGUGAGAGCACAGUUCCGCCACAACCUGCCAUCCAAGUCCUUUGGCGCCAUGGUCCGCAUCAUGCUUUACCCAUCCUCGAUAUAGACACGACUACCGGACUCCUGUCUGCUUCACUGCUUCGAUGGGAAUGACUUGCAUUGUGGAGAUCGCAUUACGGCGAUGGCGGCUUUGAGGGUGAUGGGAAGAGCAGGGCGGUGUCGUAGCGCACGCUCGCCGGCUAUCUUGUGACCAUAGGGCAAAGGCGUCAAGGGGAGAUUACCAGGUUUGACAAAACGAUACCAGCGCCUGUUUUCUACAGCCAUGAAAUGCAUCCAAAAUCACGAGGAGAUGCCCAAAGAUAAAUCUUCACUUCU